AUGGGCGGGAGGGUCCAGCAUGCAGUCUCGCCGGUCAUUGACAGUAAUGAUAUGAGCUUGGACUUUGCCCAAAACCCUGAAAUGGGAUUGGGCUUCUCCCAGAGCUCCAGCGCGUACUGUUCUGGGCCCUUCCAGCCUAUGGGCGGUCUUUGGGCGAACGACAUCGACCCCAACAUGGCUCCGUUCAUAAACGAGAAUGUGGUGGACUCGAGCCCACUGUCCCAAGCUUCAAUUGAGCCCCUUCAGCUGCAGGACACAUCCCCCAGUGUGGUGAACAGGGUCGACCCCAGCGCAUCUCCGUUCAUAAAUGAUGACGCGGUCACCUCAAGCCCCAUGUCCCAUGCUUCUACUGAACCCCUUCAGCUGCAAAAUACAUCUCCGAGGGUGGUGCAGGGUGAUAAUAUCAUCCGUAUGGAGGUCAAUGGGAAGCAGGUCUUGUUUAGAACUGCUCAAAAGCAGUGGGAUUUAGAGUCUAUUCUUCGCGCCUGCAACCAGUCUCAGGACCAGCAUCGGGCAUUCAAGAAGAAGCUCUCCAGGCUCGGACGCGUGACAAGGGAGGGUCAUCGAAAAUACAUCUCGCUCCGGGAUGGUAUCCUGCUGAUCCGCGCCGUGGGCCUCGAGGCUGAGCUAGCAGACAUGAUUGCCAUGCUCCCGGAGUCAGUUCCGCCGGACGAGGAGAACUUUCUUCUGAGGUAUCAGCGCGGCCCGCAGAAGAAUCACCUCAUCUACAACAACCAUGAGAUCGCGUACAGGCCGGAGGCCGGCCUUAUCAAGGCAACUGACCUCGUCAAGAUUGCUAACGUGUCCCGGCGGACUCUGUUUGCGUAUUUCACCCGCUUUCCGAAGAUGAAGAAGGAGGUUGUUAAGGGUGGUGCGCACAGUGGUUCCUAUAUCCUGCUUCAGGAUGUUCCCACUCUUUGCCGCGCGUUCAAUAUCGACCUCGAAGUCUACUACCGUCUUCGGGAGAAGUUCCCAUCCUCGGAUCGUGACCCAUUAACUGAGCUCAAUGUGAACAGCAACGAGAACCUAGCGAACAAUCCAGAGGUCUCGAUGACUGGUGAGCCGCCCCCUACCAAUGUCUCUAGCGCAACCAAUCCCUCGUCCCCCUUUUGCGAGGAUUACUUCGGCCCCGAUGCCGAGUUCACAUUCCACGGAGAUGAGAACGCAAAACGCGCUGGCGACUCUUCGUCGCGGGUGGCACCGCGUUUAGACAUUCCGCGGAAUCGCAUCAGCCCAAUCGAUGCCAACACCGUCAGCCAGGCUAGCCACGGGAGCAAUGCGAACCACGUGAGCCAUGCCAGCUUCGGGAGUCUUGCGGGCUACGAGAGCAGUGGCCCCCAAACGAGCCACAGUAGCCAUACCAGCUCCGGCAGCCACGAGUUCCCCUCGUCGUUUUACAGGACCCGUGGCUCGCUCGUUCUCGACUUAAAUCUCGAGGAUUAUACCCUUUCGCGGCGCUCUCCCGAAACCCACCACGAGAUCAUCUCCAUCCCGAAGCUUGCCGUCAUCCACCUUGGUCAGACCACUCUUCAACUCCCACGAUAUCCUCCAAGAACGACCCUCACCGGAACCUCCACAACAAUCAAUUGGCAUUACAGCAGAAUACAGAAAACGAUGGGGACCUUCCAGAACAAAAAGUUCCGCUCGUCGGCGAGCAUGAACGGCAUCGCCGCCAAGUACCGAUCCCUCAUGAACCGGCACCCCUUCCUCACCUUCGGCCUGCCCUUCAUGACCGUCAUCGUCGCCGGCUCCUUCGUCCUCACGCCCGCCACCGCGAUCCGCUACGAGCGCUACGACCGCAAGGUACGCCAGAUGACAAAGGACGAGGAGCUCAACGUCCGGAGGGCGCCGCGCAAGGUCGACAUGCGCGAGGAGUACUAUAAACUCGCCGGGCGGGACCUCGAGAACUGGGAGCAGAAGAGGGUCGAGCGGCUGAAAGGCGAGAGCGAUGGCAUUCUCCGGUGA